GACUACGCUGAAAGACACAAACAUUAAAUAAUACUUUUGAAUAAUAGUACGUCGAGUCAAUUUUUUUUUGUUUAAAACAAUUUGUGAUUACCUAGUAAGCAAUGGAUUUAUUCAACGAUUUGUUCGGCAAAAAACCAACUUUAAAAGAACAGCAGCGUGAUAAUGAUAGAGCCCUUCGUAGGGCUGGAAGGGACAUUGAACGAGAACGUCACAAACUCGAAAAUGAAGAAAAGAAAUUGGAAUUAGAGAUCAAAAAGGCAGCCAAGGAAGGCAACAAAGAUGCGUGUACAUUGCUAGCUAAGCAACUGGUUCAGCUGAGAAAGCAAAAGAAUCGAACUUAUGCGGCCAAUAGCAAGAUCAGUAGCGUUGGCAUGCAAAACAAAACUAUGGGUGCGAAUAUAGCAUUGGCUGGCGCAAUGAAAACCACAACGAAAACAAUGGCUGAUAUGAACAAAAUAAUGAGACCCGAAGCCAUUGCUGGCGACAUGAAAGCAUUCCAAAUGGCUAAUAUGAAAAUGGAAAUGACCGACGAAAUGAUCAAUGACACAUUGGACGAUAUGCUGACGGAAUCCGGUGAUGAAUCCGAAUCCGAUCAAAUUGUCAGCCAGGUUCUCGAUGAAAUCGGAAUUGAAAUAUCUGGAAAGAUGUCCAAUGCACCAACAUUGACCGAUACGAUUGGAAAUGCGAGUAAGGAAAAAGACAUUGAGGCACAGUUGGCUCGGUUGAGAACCACAUAAAGGAUGAUUGUGAGACAAUUUUACAUCUACAAAAUAAAAUGUUAAUCAGAAUUGUGAAUGUUAAACAGCAGCAUCAUUUGGUUUCGUAAAUUUGCUAAGUUAAUUUUAUAUCGUGGCUCAGAGCAUUAAAAUCUAUGAAUUAAUAAACAACUGCACCCAGAUCUUCAAAUUUAUUAAUUAAUUAGCGUUUAUUGCCUG